AUCACACACUUUACCACUAGUAGUAGUUCCUCAGCUCAAACCCCAUUAAACCAUAAACCCUAGUUCUACCACCACACUCAUGGCGGCAACGGCUCUCCGUCUCCGGCGACCACUAAAGCUCACAUCUUCCAUCAUUAACAACCAAGCCCACUUCUCAUCCGCCGUACAAUCCAUCGUCGCACCAUGUACAACCACCAUUUUCCAUAACUCUAACCUUAAGCAUAGUUUGUUUAAAAAUGUUAGUCAGGCUAAACCCAUACCCGGAAACAUGGGUAUGGGUUUUAAGAUAAGGGGUUUGUCUACAAGAUCAUCAUCAUCAUCUAAAUAUGAUGGAUUGGAUAGUGAUCAGAUUAGCCCAGAUGCAAUAUUGUUCGAAGGGUGUGAUUAUAAUCAUUGGUUGAUUACUAUGGAGUUUCCUAAAGAUCCUAAACCUUCUCCUGAGGAAAUGGUUGAAACUUAUGUUGAAACUGCUGCUCGUGUCUUCGGAAGCGUGGAAGAAGCGAAGAAGAAAAUUUAUGCUUGUAGCACAACUACGUACCAUGGAUUUCAAGUUGAGGUGUCAGAGGAAGACUCAGAGAAAUUUAAAAGUUUACCUGGGGUUGUAUUUGUGUUGCCGGAUUCCUAUAUAGAUCCUGUUAACAAAGAAUACGGAGGAGACAAGUAUGUUAAUGGAACUAUCAUACCAAGACCACCUCCUGUACAAUAUGGCAGACAAGGUGGAAGGUAUAACGAUCGAAAUAGAGAGUACAAUAGACCACCUCCAAGAGGCCAAUUUGAACAGAAUAAUCCACCUGGAGGACAGGGUAAUUACCGAGGAGAUAGAAGUAGCCCGGCAAAUUACAACCAAGCUGAAAUGAGAAAUACCAGUCCUGGCAGGCAAACUGAUUUUUCUUCCCCGCCUUCUGGUGCUUACAAUCAAGGAGGUGGUGGUGGAAGCUAUAGGCAAGGGGUUGGAGGGCAAUAUGGUCAAAGUAGGGGUGGAUCAUAUGGUGACGGAAGUGGUGGAGGUUACGGGCAAGGUGCCGGUGGACAAUAUGGACAGACAGGGGCUGGAAAUUAUGGCCAAGGUGGAAUUGGUGGAGGCUAUGGGCAAGGCACAGGUGCACAAUAUGGGCAGGGUGGUGGUGGAAACUACGGGCAGGGUGCCAGUGGAAACUUUGGCCAGGGUGGUGGUGGAAACUACGGGCAGGGUGCCGGUGGAAACUAUGGGCAGGGUGGCAUUGGAAACUAUGGCCAGGGUGGCAUUGGAAACUACGAGCAAGGGGUAGGUGGACAAUAUGGACAAGGAGGCGGUGCAAGUUAUGGUCAAGGUACAGGUAGACAAUUAGGACAAAUAAGUGGCGGAAGUGACGGGCAACAGGCUGGUGGACAACAAUAUGGACAAGCUAGCAGUGGAGGUUAUGGGCAACAGGCUGGUGGACAAUACGGGCAAGGAUUUGGUUCUGGCAGCAAUCAAAGCUCAUCACAAUAUGGUGGAAGUCAGGUGGACCAGAGGAGCAAUGAUCCUAGGCAGCAAGGAACUUAUGAAGCUAUUGAAGAUGCAGAUGCUUUCAAAAAAUGAUGAUCAAAAUGUUCAAGUAGCAAGAAUCGUAAAUAUUUCUGGGAAGAAUCAGUCAAGUGUACUAGCUGAAGCAGCAUAGGGGGAAAUGUUGUUGGGUUCUGUUUUUCCUCUGUUAUGAGUGUGCUGUUUGUUCUAGAAGGCUAAUAAAAUGAUGAAACUUUCCAUGGUGCCUGGAUCUUUUACCAUUUGCAUUUUGUUUGAAUGCAUUUCGACAGUUACCAUGUUGGUAGUAUAUUCUCGAGACGCUAUUUGGAUCUUAUUAGUGAUGAUAGCUGCUUUUUAUCUAGUCCGUGUAACGUUACAAUUUGGUUUAUUUGGUUGUCAUAGUCCACAAGAUUCAUGUGGAGCUUGCUCCAGUAUGAAUUAAUUAGAAACCAUUGAUUUGAUAAAACAUCAUAAGGGUUCGUGGUGGAAAUUAAAUAUGAACCAACAAUUCAGUCUUCAA